GCAGACCAUCGCUGAGGCAUGAUGCUUUCAGUACCAUGAUGUUGCCGGAGUUGCUGCUGCUGCUUGGCCUGGCCAUGUCCAUGUCCAUGUCGGACGCGUACGAUGGCAGUGUCAACUACUGGGAGGCGUUUGCUCCGGGCAAGCUGCUGCAACGUUUGGAUGCACUCACACUGACCGAUGUGGACCAGAGCAAGUUGGGAAAGCUGCCCGAAAUGAUUCAAGUGCUGGCAGAAACCCAGGAAAAUGCUCAGGCGGAACCCAAGGCGGAUGAGGAUGCAGAUGUGGCGGACGAUGAGGUGGACAGCCUGAGUGCCGAGACCAGCCGUGAAGCGCAGCAUUCUGGUGAGGACUACGAGCGCAACUACGAACAGUUUGUAAAGGAAUACUUUGAUCGGGCUGCCUCGGACGAUGGGGAUGCAGAUGCGGAUGCGAAUGAUGGCAGCAGGAGCCUGGAGCAGACCCAUGCGGAGGCCAGCAACCACAAGAAUCAGCGCUGUCGUCGCGUACGAAAGCAGGGCCAGCUGUGUGAGAUUUGCCGAGAGGCCAAAAACAAUCAAGUCUCGGAGACCUGCAGCUACUCGAAUUCCGAUAAGCCGGAGAAGUAUGCCUAUGACACUGGCAGCCAGUACAAGCGAUAUCGCGAUGAUUCCGCCGACAACGACAACGACGACGAUGACAGCCAGCAGGAAGCUGUAGCCGGGGAGGACAAAGAGGAAUCAGCCGCCGCCAGCAGCCUAUGUGUGCGACGACUGCAAGGUAAACGCGUCUGCUAUCAGUGCAAGGACAGCAAGGGCCAGCGGCUGCAGCGCUGCUACGACAUGCAGGAAAAGCGCAGAAUGAACAAGGCCACCUCAUCCGCAGCAGCACCAACCACCAAAAGCAAGUCCAAGAUAUCCUCGAAACGGAAGCCACGUGCCCGACAGUCACAGCAAUCGGAGCAGGAGCAACGCAUCUACAAACGUACCAUCAGCUACAGCUAUGCCCAGGGCUCCAGUCCCAAUGAUGAGGAGGAGCAGCCCCCUCUGGCAGAGCUAACGACUACAGCAGCCACACUGCCAGCUAAACAGCAUCGUCGCCGUCGCCUGGUCAAGGUCCUGCGAAGACGAGGCCCUGUUCCGUGAUUGCAUUUUUCAUUCCAUUCGCCUUCCCGCUCGCCCGUUCUCCCAGUAGCUAAGAUAUAAUAUUAACAAUUUUUUUGUUUGCAAUAAAAGUUUUCAUAAAAUAA